AUGGAUGCUACAGUUUCAAUGACUUAUCUCUUACAUAAUUGUAAAAAUACAGUAGGAACUGUGCUCGAGCGCACUACAGAAAUUUUAAGAGACAACCACAUCAGUGAAGAUUCAUUUCAAAUUCAAUUUGUCGCCUAUAGAAACUAUAAUAGUGCACAAGAUAAGAUUUUUCAAUUUUUUCCUUGGGAAACAAGAGCAGAUAAUUUACGAGCUUUCAUGAAUACAAUUAACGUUAAAGGAGGAUGGGGUAAUGAGGCUGUUGAAAUCGGUCUGUGGCAUGCUAACAAAGAAAACCAGAGAGAAAAUAUAACACAAAUUGUUCUGAUCGGUGAUGCACCUCCAAAUACAAAAGCUGAAGUAGAACAAAAGAGAAGUAAUGGUUUCGGAGAGGCAUAUUGGCAGAAUCCUAAAUUUACACAAGACACUUAUUAUGACGAUGAGUUAGCGAAGCUAAUAUCGAAUAAGAUUCCAGUUCAUGCUUUUUUUGUCAACAAACGCGCAAAAGCCAUUUUUAAAGAGAUUGCUGAGAAAUUCAGAGGAAGAUGUGAACCGCUAGACAUAAAUUCUCCUUUAGGUACGAAUAUGUUGACAGAUUUAGUAACAGAGGUUGUUCUAAAAAAUGUCAGCGAAGAAUCAAAAGGAAACGCUGUUGUUGAUGCAUAG